GUUCAAGCUACCGGUAGUUCACUCAGAUCUACUCUCGAGUCGUCAGUACUUCGCAAGCACCUCGUCGAGGCAGAUCGCGCUUAAAGUAAUUCCUCCAUCAAGUGUAUAAUUACGAACGACGUAAUAAUGAGGCUCAACAGCAUCGUCCCCAAUUUUAAGACCGAGACCACGCAGGGUCCGAUUGACUUCUACGAAUGGCAGGGCAACUCAUGGGUAGUUCUGUUCUCCCAUCCUGCGGAUUUCACCCCCGUGUGCACCACUGAAUUGGGUCGCAUUGCGGUGCAUCAGCCGCACUUUGUGAAGCGCAACACCAAGCUGCUCGCUCAUUCUGUCGACAAGCUCAAGGAUCAUGUGGACUGGGUCAAUGAUAUCAAGUCAUACUGCAGGGACAUUCCCGGCGCUUUCCCGUACCCCAUCAUCGCCGAUCCUGAUCGGAAACUCGCCGUGCAGUUGGACAUGAUCGACGAAAAGAGCAAAAACGAUCCGGAGACCGCUCAGACCGUUCGUGCUCUGUACAUUAUCAGCCCGGAUCAUCGUCUGCGACUAUCUAUGCAGUAUCCGGUCUCUACUGGACGCAAUGUCGACGAAAUGUUGCGCGUGAUCGAUUCUCUGCAGCUCACCGAUAGAAGACCGGAACUAGCGACUCCCGCCAAUUGGGUGCCUGGUGAGAAGGUGAUGAUCUUGCCAACAGUGAAGGAGGAAGACAUUCCCAAACUCUUCCCGGGAGGUGUCGAUCGCGUAUCCAUGCCGUCCGGAAAGGUCUACGUCCGCACUACCACUAAUUAUUAACUGCUCGAGACUUUCGUUUUCUCUGAUAUAUUUUUCACUUGCUUCAGAUCUUUGUAAAGAUAAUCUUAUUUUAAUACUUAAAAUCCUACGUGGAGGAUUGUUUUGUACGCGAUAAAAUUUUUUUAAUAAAAAUUCGAACUUUGAUGUAGUGGAUAGAAAAUAAAGAAAUAAAGAAGCUGUUACAUGACGCAAUAAAAAUCUUCCUCUUUGUAACACGA